AUGGCUAUCAGGAUCAGCAAACGGCUCCUCAGGCUUGGAGGCCUUGUUUUGUGUAUGCUCGGAAUUUUCGGGCUAAUGCUUCAUAAGAGCGAGAAAGGGGCUCUCCUUCAGAUAAAGAACGCACCAACCCAAGUAAAUGACUGGGCGACAGAGAAAUUCAAGGGUUGGGGCUCUAGCGCGGACGCAGAAAAGGAACUGGAAGAGCAGAGAAAGGAAGCGGAGUCCGAUGUGAAAGAAGGCAAACAUUUUGAAGACGUUCUUAUGGAUGACGAGGCCAAAAAGCUGCUUGCAGAUUCAGAGCAAAAAUCUUUGUCUGAAGUGGUGGGAACCUCUACGGCAAGUGCCAGUACUGCAGCUGCUACCGGCGGUGCUGCCACAAAAGCAGGCUCCAAGGACGGGCCUGUUAAGGCUUGUUUCGUGUCGCUAGUGAGAAAUGAAGAUCUCUGGAAAUUGGUUGAAACCAUCCAAAAUGUGCAGGAUAGAUUCAACAACAAUUUUAACUAUCCUUGGGUUUUCCUUAACAACGAGCCUUUCACAGAAGAGUUUAAGCGUGUUGUAAAGGGGAUGGUCCCCGAUGGCACCAAGUUUGAACUUAUUCCUGAGGCCUAUUGGUCCUAUCCUUCAUGGAUUGACCAGGAAGAGGCUGCGAAAACUAGGGUCGAAAUGAGGGAACAGGGUAUUAUUUACGGUGACAGUGAGAGUUACAGACACAUGUGUCGUUUCGAGUCCGGUUUCUUCUGGCGCCACGAGGCACUAGACGAGUUUGAUUGGUACUGGCGCGUAGAACCAGAAACUAAGCUUCAUUGUGAUAUUGAUUAUGAUGUUUUUGAGUGGAUGCGCGACAACGACAAGAAAUACGGCUUCACCAUUUCCAUUCAUGAGUAUGAAUCAACUAUCAAAACACUUUGGAGUAAAACAAAAGAGUUUUUGGAAAUACACCCUGAGUACGUUGCCAAGAACAACAUGUUGGACUUUAUUUCAAACGAUAAUGGUAAGAAGUACAACUUGUGCCAUUUUUGGUCUAACUUCGAGGUUGCCAGUUUGGAUUUGUGGAGAUCGCAAGCUUACCGUGACUACUUUGACUACUUGGAUCAAGCUGGUGGGUUCUUUUACGAGCGCUGGGGUGACGCGCCGGUUCACUCAAUCGCUGCAGCUUUGUUUAUCCCAAGAGACCAAAUUCACUACUUCCCGGACAUCGGGUACUACCACCCACCUUACAAUAACUGUCCCAUCGACCAAACUAUUUUUGAUAAGGGUAAGUGCAGCUGUAACCAAGACGCAGACUUCACUUUCCAGGGCUAUUCUUGCACUAAUCACUACUUUGAUGUCAACAAAAUGGAAAAGCCCGAAGGUUGGAAAAAGUUUAGGCAGUGA